UUUUUUUCUAAGUACUCUCAAUCAUAUUUAUUUUGAAAUGUGGUCAUUCCAGGAAAAAAAUGAUUUGGGGUUCCUGUGGCUCCUAAAGUGUAGAAGAGAGACUACUUGGAGUGUAGUACACAGUACACAGCACUCAAAGCAUUGUUUUAAGCGAGCGCCUUGCUGUGGCGACACAAAUCAUGGACAUCAAAGAGAGCGUGAAGGACUACUAUGGAAAGAGACUGAAGGGAUCGGAUGACCUACAGACGGAUGUAUGCAAGACACAGAGCUGUAAUAUGGUAAAAACCUCGCCAUCAACUCGAGAAGCCCUGGAGCUUUGUAAUGAAGAGGUUGUCAAAAGGUACUUUGGUUGUGGCUUGGUGUUCCCUGAAUGUCUUGAUGGCUGCCGCAUUCUUGAUCUUGGUAGCGGAUCUGGCCGUGACUGUUAUGUGCUCAGCAAACUUGUUGGAGAGGAAGGUUUUAUCACAGGCGUGGAUAUGACUCCAGAGCAAUUGGAUAUUGCCAACAAGUACAAGGACUACCAUGCCAAGAAGUUUGGUUACAGCAAGUCAAACACAGAAUUCCUUAUGGGUGAUAUUGAGAACUUACAGAAGGCUGGUGUCAAAGAUGACUCAUAUGACAUUGUGGUCUCAAACUGUGUGGUGAACUUGACCACAGACAAACGAGCUGUCCUACAAGAAACAUGGAGAGUUUUGAAGGAUGGAGGAGAAGUGUACUUCAGUGACAUUUAUGCAGAUAGAGUCCUAAGUGAAGAGCUUAGACAGCAUCAAGCUCUCUGGGGAGAAUGUAUUGCUGGUGCUCUUUGGUGGAGAGAACUUGUUGACUUGUGCAAAGACAUUGGUUUUUCUGGCCCUUAUCUGGUUGUGAGUAACAAAACAACUGUGGAGUCUGAAGAAUUAAGAAAGGUCCUAGGUGAUGGCCCUCAGUUCGUCUCUGCCACUUAUCGACUCAUUAAGUCACCAAGACAUGAUGAUAGUGACCAAAUAUUUGAGGCAACAUACAAAGGAACAUUACCAGAUCAUGAAAAGGAAUUUGUAUUUGAUGUGUACACAACGUUCAAGACUGGCCAGCAGCAAAGUGUUGAUGCAGCUGUGGCUAACAUCCUGCGAAUCUCUCGCUACUCCAAGCAUUUCGACCUGAGCAAUGAGUCAACAAAGCGAUCUGAGCCCGGGAGAGAUGCCUAUCAGACCGCAGACCCAUUUAUCUGGCUUAAAACUGAUGGAGGCACAGAAACGUCAUGCUGCCCUUCAUCCAAGAAGGCCUCAUCUGAGAAGCCAUGCUGUUAAACUCCAUCUGAACGGCCAUGCUGUUAAACUCAAACUGAACGGCCAUACUGUUAAAAUCCAUCUGAACGGCCAUGCUGUCAAACUUCUGGGAAGCUAUUCCGCUUGACCAGAACAUCAAAAUAGCAUGUGCCAAGGUAUCAACUGUAGGAAAGGUUGGUGGAGUAAGGUAGAUAUACUGUAGGUAAUUUAGGUAUACAUACUUAUGGGAUUCUUAUGGACACUGCUUUCUGUUGCUGGUACUGCUAUAAGGUCUUUUGGACUAUAAACUAUGGUAUUAUGCAUGAGGUAUAGUGUGACUGGGAGGUUAAUAGUAGUUUGUCAUUAUGAAGCUUUAGGAAGUAAUAGUAUAUAAGAGAUUCACAAUUGAAAGUGUUGGUAAGAUGGACAUGAACCUAUCUCAUUCACGCUUGUUUCUAGAAUUUUUAUAGGGGUGAUUUGUUUAGUUAUUUAGGGAACAAUUUUCUCUUAUGUACCUCCUACUAACUCAAAGUAUUUUCAAUUGGGUGGACCAGCCGAGUGUGCUGGUUCUUACAAAUUUCCAACCCCCCCAUCUAUGAUCUUGAUAUGAGUGUAACGUAUAGUUAUAAAAUAACAUAUUUUUGUACUUAAGAUAAGUUGAAUAUAAUAUUGUUAUGUGCUGUAGCUGCCAUUUACAAAAGAGUAAAGAAGUGCUUUACUUCUUAAAUUUGAUCAAUAUGUCAUGUUUAAUCACCAUUAUAGAUUUAUGUAAUAUACAAAUAGAAUUAUAUCAGUAUAACCCUU